AUGCCCAACGUUGUCCAUUUCAAGCUUCAAGGCUUACGUUUCAAAUGUUUUUUUGAACACUGUCGAACGUCCAUGGACCCAUUGAAACCCACACUCCAAUUAGACGAACCGAGAGAACAUUUGAGAGAACCUUGGAACCAAUUUCGACUCGUUGGACAUGUUGAAGAAAAGUUUGGGCGGUGGGGCGCAAACGAAAAGUGGCCGAUAUGCUGUCAGUCUAUGAUGACGGUUCGGACAGCAGUCUGCAGCCUCCCGUUUGGCACGCUCUUGUGCAUGGUUUUCGAAUCGGAUCCCAACAGCGAUGGCUCAUUAUUCCGCAUGUGA